AUGUUGGUGCCUCUAAUAAUCGUCAGGCUUGCUGCUUUGUACUGCAAUAGGGUUUCUGGAUUUGAGGAAAUUAUGGGAUUGGUGGAUAGUAUUGUCAAAGUUGUCAGAGCUCCGCAUGUCAACUUUGGCGAGAAUUACUAUGUACCUACAGAUGAACCUGAGUUCUUCCCGAAAAGGCAAUGUAAAAUUGUUACAAGUGAUGGCAAGCAAGUUGGCUACUUAGGAAUUGUCCAUGCUGAGGUGCUAAGGAAAUUUGGCAUUCCGGAUCCCUGUACUUUCGUUGAGAUGGACCUCGAAGCACUGUUGUAA